CCGAGCGGCAGGCCUCAUCCGCGCCGGCGGCUGGUCCAUGCGGGUUCAACGUCGUCGCGCGGGAGAACGACGACGACGGCGACGACGAAGGGCGACGACGAUCAGAUGUGUACGAUGACGAUCAUCCGGAUUAACAUUGCUAGUUAAUCGGGGAAAAAAAAAUACGCGACACACUCGGACUAACCUGAUUGCCGAUCGAAUGCUGCCGACGCGCGCGUCUCGGCCGAAGGAUGCUGCGCCUGAGACAGGGCACUCGCGGGUCGCGCGUCGCGACGCUCGUCGUCCAGGCGAAAGAUCCACGUGAGCGCGGCUGUCAUCGGGGACAGGCGUGCAGGCUGCACCUCGGCCGCGUGAAAACGGGACAUCGUCUGUGAGCAUUUAGACCUUGAUUACCGUGGAUUACCGUCGAGGAUUUACGAUCAAUACGCGCAUAGCAUCUGAUAAUACUGCUGAUAUAUCGUACCAAUCGCGUCUUCCAACGCUUGGGAAGCUUUCGCGCUCUAUUCAGAGUUGAUAGUUUUAAUAAAAUCGUGUCAUAGCAGUGGUGAAUGAUUAAUCUCCUCGCCAGGUGUUAAUCGUGGUGUAAUUUCUCUAUCGGAACGCAAAUGUUCAUGUAAGAAUUGAAAAUUGCUUAUAUAGUGAAGUACGGAACAUGUGUAUGGUUUUGCGGUGAAAGUCUUAAGUGUCUACACUCUUUCGAGAAGGCACUAUCGAUUUGGCAAGAAAACUCAAUUCUGUUUUCAUUGUGAAUGAUAUGACACAGUGAAGACACUGCACGGUGUGCGGAUCCGGGAAUAUAUGUAAAAAUCGAUGAUUACACGUCGUGCUUCACGAUAGCGAGUACAAGCAAGGAUCGGUAGUGCAGCGAGCGAUCGAGGUGUUAAAAAUGCUGUGUCGCUGGCUCGCCGUGCUGGUACUCGCUGGUAUUCUCCUGGUUAUCGAGGCGAUCGCGGUCAGCCAAGGUACGUUCACUCGCGAUCAGAGAGUUUUGAGCGGUAGUCUGGUUCAGGGAAGUCGCAACGUCAGCGGCGUGCCGGCUUUCGAAACAAAUGUGCCACGGAAUGUCACUACCGCAGUCGGUCAGACCGCCUUUCUUCACUGCAGAGUUCAUCAGCUGGGCGAUAAGGAGGUGUCCUGGAUGCGCAAACGGGACAUGCACAUCCUGAGUGCGGGCAUCUUCAUGUAUACGUCGGACCUGAGGUUCCAGGUGAUCCAUCCGGACAAGUCGGAGAACUGGACGCUGCAAAUCAAGUCGCCGCAGCAGCGCGAUUCUGGCGUGUACGAGUGCCAGGUCAGCACCGAGCCGAAGAUGUCGCUCAACUAUAGCCUCAACGUGGUUGAAGCGCGAGCCAAAAUAAUUGGCCAGGCUGAUAUCUACGUGAAGACCGGAAGUCUUUUGACGUUGACGUGUCUCAUGUCGCAAGGUCCUCACGAUCUGGGAACGGUAGCUUGGUAUCAAGGAAGUGAGGCGGUGGUGACAUCACCGCGAUCAGAAAACGACAUCGAAACGGAGCCCCGUAUAACCGUCGAGACGGAAUGGAGCGACGCCCUCACGUCGAGAUUGAAGAUCACGCAUGCGAAGUUCACUGACUCCGGAAAAUACAGUUGCGUUCCUACCGUGGCGGAGGGAGCAAGUGUCAACGUACACGUGAUCAAUGGUGAGCAUCCGGCUGCGAUGCAGCAUGGAAACACGGCAGCCGGAUCGCCCAACUCGAAAACGGUCCUGGUGAUGCUUGCCUUCCUUCUAGGCCAGCUGAGAUAAUGUGCGUGUACACGAAGGUCGCCCGAGACUCGUAAAAUUGAUGGACGUAUCGCAACAUGGUCGCCCACACAUCCUAAACGUUAACCCUUCCGCACAGAUCAAUCUGAAUUAGGUCUUAAUUAGUUUCAUCGUAGCGGCCGAAAGAUUAAAUUAUUUGCAACAUUAUAUAAUAGUCAUAAUGGUACAGUUAAUAAGCGAGAAUUUAUAAGUUAAUGAAAGGUUAUUUAUAAAAAUUUUUGAU